AUGGACAUCAACUCCCCCCUCCCGCCCCCUCCCACCCUUGCCCUUCACGGGGAGCGACCUCCGUCUAGGCUCGAACGACGCGGUACCAUGGGCGCGGAGAUCCGCGUCUGCGUCGAGGAGGUCAGCGAGGUGGACGAGGAGGAGAUCGGUGUUGUUCCUCAGGGGGCAGAGAAGCGGGAAGAUGAUGAGAAGGAGGAGGAGGAGGAGGAGGAGGAGGCAAAGACGGAGAACGAGAAGGCGUCAGUGGCGACGGGGUUCGCGUCGUCGCUGUCGCUGUCGCUGAGGGGGGGCUUGGUGGCGGUCCCGCCGGGGCCGAGGUCGCCUGCUGUUGUUGUGAGCGGCGAUGGCGGCUGUGCCUGGAAAUGCAGGGGUAUAGGUGGGGGGAGAGGUAGAGGUAGAGGUAGAGGUAAGAAGAGUAGGGAUAGAGCGUGGGGCUGGGGCGAGGAUGAGGACGAGGAUGAAGAGCAUGUGCUGCAGGCGGCGGGGAGACUCACGAUCCCGCCCGUGGGACAGAAACACUUCUUUCAUGGGACCCCGGGUGCGGAUGGUGAUGGUGGUGAUGGUGGUGAUGGAAGAAAGGGGGAGGGGAACGGGAAGGGACCGGUUGUGCCGGUCAUGGUGCUCGAGGCGGUGGCGAAUGCGUGGAAUGGGUGUGGGGAGUGUAAUUGGAUCUAG